AGGCAGUGCAAAUUUUGGCAGCGCUGACGUCAACCACCAACACUUUGUGACGUCAAAUCCAAGAUGGCGGGCACGCGUUCCACGAUGAAAUUUUGGAAGCCGGGGUCCGAGGCGCCUGGGAUCUCUGAAGAACGUGAACUGAACACUGAGACCAGCGGUUCCACCGUCGUCUACAAUCCCUUCAUUGCACUCUCCAUCGAGAAGCAAAGACAGAAGCUUCCCGUUUUCAAGCACAGAAACAACAUCCUGUACAUGGUCGAGAGCUUCCAGACCGUCAUCAUCGUCGGGGAAACUGGAUGCGGGAAGACGACACAGAUCCCCCAGUACCUGCUGGAGGCUGGCUGGGCGGCCGAGGGCAGGGUGAUUGGUGUGACACAGCCUCGGCGUGUGGCUGCUAUCUCUGUGGCUGGCCGUGUUGCGGAAGAGAGAGCCGCCAGAUUAGGACAUGAGGUGGGCUACACCAUUCGAUUUGAUGACCGCUCAGACCCUCAAGCAACAAGGAUCAAGUUCCUUACAGAUGGAAUCUUAAUCCGGGAGAUGAUGGCUGAUCCCCUGCUUAAAAAAUACAGUGUCCUGAUGCUUGAUGAAGCGCAUGAGAGAACCUUGUACACAGACAUAGCCAUUGGCCUGCUAAAGAAGAUCCAAAAGAAACGUCAAGACCUGCGUUUGAUCGUGGCCUCCGCCACUCUGGAUGCCAAGAAAUUCCACGAGUUCUUCAACCUGAACGAGUCUGGAGAUCCCAGCAAGGACACGUGUGGCAUCCUAACCGUGGAGGGCCGCACCUUCCCAGUGGAUAUGUUCUACACUAUCAGUCCUGUACCAGACUAUGUGAAAGCCACCGUGGAAACUGUGAUGAAAAUACACGAGGCGGAAGAGGCUGGAGAUGUGCUGGCGUUCCUUACUGGGCAGGAAGAAGUGGAGAAGGUGGUGUCCCUUCUCGUGGAGCAGGCCAGGUCUAUGUCACGGCAAGGCAUGAAGAAACACCUUAGAAUUUUGCCAAUGUAUUCCGGUUUACCUUACGCUGAGCAGAUGAAGGUCUUUGAGCGGGUGCCUGCCACAGUUCGCAAAGUGGUGGUGGCCACUAACAUAGCCGAGACAUCCAUCACCAUCAACGGUAUCGUUUUUGUCAUCGACUGCGCUUUUGUAAAGCUACGUGCGUACAAUCCCAACACUGCCAUUGAGUCACUGGUGGUGACGCCCAUCUCCAAGGCUUCAGCCAGCCAGAGGGCAGGAAGAGCCGGCCGGAACCGACCUGGGAAAUGCUUCAGACUCUACACAGAGGAGGACUUUGAGAAAUUGCCUGCGUCGACUGUGCCAGAAAUGCAGCGCACCAACUUGGCUCCCGUUAUCUUGCAGCUCAAAGCUUUAGGCAUUGACAAUGUUCUGCGGUUCAGUUUCCUUUCGCCUCCGCCAGCUCAGAGUAUGGUUCAGGCUUUAGAGCUUCUUUAUGCUCUUGGAGGCCUGGACAAUUACGGACGUCUGACCGAUCCCAUGGGCAUGCGGAUGGCGGAAUUUCCUCUCAGCCCCAUGUUUGCUAAGAUGCUUCUGGAUUCUGGAAAUUUUGGCUGCUCCAAAGAAAUUGUGACCAUUGCAGCAAUGAUGCAGAUUCAGAAUAUCUUUGUCGUACCGCCCAAUCAGAAGAAAAACGCUGCCCGUCAGCACCGAAAAUUUGCUGUUGCCGAAGGAGAUCACCUCACCAUGCUGAAUGUGUAUGAAGCUUAUAUGAAGCACCAGAAGAACUCCAAGUGGUGUCAGGAUCAUUUUCUCAAUUACAAAGGUCUGCAGCGUGCCGUGAUGGUACGAGAGCAGCUGCGGCGCCUCAUGACCAAGUUCAAGGUGGUGUGGACUUCUAGCGAAGGUGAUCCUGAUGUGAUCUUGAGGUGCAUCGUGUCUGGGUUUUUUGCCAAUGCAGCUCGCAUACACCACUCUGGUUCCUAUAGGACUUUACGAGACGAUCGUGAGCUUCACAUCCACCCCAACUCUGUACUCUAUGGAGAGAAACCACCAAAAUGGGUUGUCUUCAAUGAAGUGUUGCAGACAAGCAAGUACUUCAUGCGAGAUGUGACAGCAGUGGAGUCGUCCUGGCUUGUUGAGUUGGCUCCCCACUUCUACAAGCAAGCUCAACAUGGUUCCCUUGGCAGCAAGCGUUCCCGCAUCCUCUAAAGUUGCUCAUCUUCCAUGUAAAUAAAGAUGUAACACUGUAUUUAUUGAUCAUGUCUACGCGCACAACUGUGACCAUGCUUGAUAGCUCUCGCUUUUUGAUAGUUAUCUCCUUUGUAUUAGAUCCGUGCGCACACUAAUGAAUGUGAGAUGAGGUCAUACUUUGUACAUAGUCAGAGAAGGCUCAGGUCCGGGAAUCCUUGCAGUCUUGGUCCUAGGCUUUGGUAUUUUUCUUUUAUUUUAGAAGUUGGAUACUGGAUGAUAAAUUAUGGGGAACAAAUGAAAUGUUGUGAAUGGUUCCCAUGUUGACACUGUUAAUUCCUUUGCCCUCUCAUAACCUAGGUGCCUUUAGGAAUGUGACUGGUAACUUGACCUUCAGUUUAGUUUUAAUUUCUAAAAAUGGUCCCAUGAUGACACUGUGAGAAGACAGACUUAACCCUUUGUGUAAACAUCCUACCUGAAGUCCAGACUGUGCAGCCUUUUCACCGUUGAGUGCCAAUUUCCUUUCAUUAAUCUAGUUGUCAUUUCAUUCCUCUAUGGAUCGUGCAAAAACACAUGAGCAUCGUACAUGUAAAACUGUGAAAACCAAACAAAGUGCUAUUUGUCAGUAUGGCGAAUUAUAAUGUAGUCAAAUGCACUCAGAUGUAGCCUAAAGCCUCAAAAGAACUAUUAAGCAUUUACAAAACCCUUUCAUUGAUGGUUAGCCACCAGAAUGUCCAUAACCCUUAAUUGUGUCAUCUAGAAAUGGGGUACUAUAUUUCAAUAAACUGGCUUCUGUUUUGAAUUAAUAGCGCAUGUACACUUAAAAAAUGCAUAUGUUUUUAGGUUUUCCUCAAUUUUCAGCUAAAACGACUCUAUUACAAGUUUGCUGUGAUACUACUAGAGUUGCCUCUAAUUCAUGGCAUUCAGAGACUUGCAUGACUUGUACCACUGCUGUAGUUCCGUAAAAACAAUCUCAGCCCAAAGAAGCACAACGUACAGUAGCUAAGUGAACCAAACAUUGCAUGUUAAAUGGCCUGAUGCAUAUUCAAGUUGUUACCGGUAUAAAUUAUUGUCACUUGCCGUUUCUUCUCUUACAUCCUAAAAUAAAACCUGAAUAAUGCAUCAUG